AUCUCAAAAAACUAGAAAAAGAGUUCUUCCGGUGCGGAGCGGCGGACUACCCUGUGGUCGGCAAAAUGGAACUCGAGGCCAUGAGCAGAUACACCAGCCCGGUCAACCCAGCUGUCUUCCCUCACCUGACCGUGGUGCUAUUGGCCAUUGGCAUGUUCUUCACUGCAUGGUUCUUCGUUUACGAGGUCACCUCCACCAAGUACACUCGGGAUAUCUACAAAGAGCUCCUCAUCUCCCUGGUGGCCUCGCUCUUCAUGGGCUUUGGCGUCCUCUUCCUGCUUCUUUGGGUCGGCAUCUAUGUCUGAGCUCCCACAGGUUCCCACCAGGAGGCUUCACGGAAUUCCCGCUUUUGUAAAUUAAUUUUUUUGUAUUAUUGCCAGACGUGUCCCCCCUGCCGCUCACAAUAAAGGCAGAUG